GGCUCUGGACACGCCAACCCACAUUCAAGAGCGAAGUUACACGGUUAAAGGUGAAGUCUUUCGCUAACUUCAACACUUCCAGAAGUUCAAAGAAGCUUCUUUCAAUACUUUAAUGGUGGUGUCAUCAAGAUCUUCUGUUGUGAACCCUUGCUUCUUCUUCUUCUUCCAGUAGUUCAAUGUUAAGCUUUUGCUCAACUCUUAAAUCUUCUUCAGUCUCCAGCAUCCACAGUUGCAACUGGAGGAGAAGAAAGAAGCCUCGUUUACUUCAAAUAUCCGCAGUUUCUUACCAGAAAUUCAUUGACUUUGCUCUCAAUGAAACCAAACAUCAUGCCGUUUUGGUCCCUUCUCCACUGCAGGAAAAAUUUGGUACUUUGAAUGCAAUGGAUGGAAAAACGGAGCUGCAAAUGUUAUCAUUCCAAGCGCCCAAGAUUAGACUCCUACGCAGUAUGUACAUUCAGAAUGAAGUAAUGCAGGUUUUGGAUUUUGCUGUCUUCCCAAAACCAGAAUUUGAUGUGCCUAUAUUUUGUGCCAACUUUUUCACAAAUGCUAGCAUGAACAUUGUUGUCUUGGACCUAAAUCCUUUGCACAACACCACUUUCCACAGGGAGUACAAAGAGAAGUACUAUAAAGGCUUAGUGCCACUUGGUCUCAAGUAUGCCAAGCUUUUACCUUGGGGAGGAAAGCUCACAAGUGAGUCUAUAAAGUUUUUUUCACCUAUAGUGAUAUGGAGCAAGUUUACUUCAAGCCAAGACAAGCAUGAUGCUUUGUAUUCUGCAUUCAUGGAAUACUAUAAGGCAUGGCUUGAGCUGAUGGACCAAGCGGUUGAGGGGACAGACGUGUCUCAAAUUAUGUGCAAUUGUGAAGCACAACAUAGAUAUCUAACAUGGAGAGCAGAAAAGGAUCCAGGUCAUGGAGUUCUGAAGAAGUUGAUUGGUGAUACACUGGCAAAGGACUUGCUAAGGAACUUCCUUUUUAGCGGAGUCAACGAACUGGGAAGCAAGAAAUUCCUGGAUUACUUUCCUGAGUACAGCUGUGAGGACGGGAGUGUAAGUGAAAAGCGCAGCAUCAUCGGAAAGUCUUUUGAGAACCGCCCCUGGGAUUCCCGAGGAGAAUUUGUUGGUAACAACUCUUGAGAGCUAAUAUGUAAGCUUGUUUUCCCAUUUCCUUUUGCCUCUGUUGAAAGAACAUUUUAUGCUUUACCUUCUUAGUUUAUUGCCAAAAUGAGGCUCUAAUCCUAUGACAUUUCCCCGGGGGGGUGGGGGCAAGAUCUUUGUAUACUUUAAAAAAGUAUUAUUAUUCUGUAGUAUAUACAAUUGGGUGGAUCCUUUCAUCACAGUCCUGGUCCUUUUGUACAAGAGACUUUUUGAAGUUCUAUAAACUUUGUACCAGGAGACAAUUGAUAAAAAUAAAUAAAGCCUUAUUG